AAUCCCAAUAUUGGCUAUUUGUGUACUUGCCCCAAUUCCUCUUUGUCCAUAACGUAUUCGGGUCAUAAAGCUACCGUGUUCGGACCCUUAACGCCUAAACGGUCCCGGCGUUCCUCUACCUGCCGGGAAACUAUCAGCACGGAGUGCAACUCAGUAGGUUUCUCUCAAUUUUGUUUAUCCCGUGCACCGUAGGUAUAAUUUCUCUACCGGAAAACUCGUUGUCAAUUUCUUUCUUUCUUCAAUACCCAGUUGCUGCUUAAUUCUCUUUUGGGUUCUUUCUUUGUGUCUUUGAUUGUACUAUGUACUUGAAAGAAGGAUGUUCAUUGCUGUUGAAAGUCCACAAAAAGUCUCUUCCUUUAAUCCUCAACAAUGUAAACCCAAGUUUCAAUGUUGAUCAACUUAAUGGUGGUAAAAACCCCGUUGAGCUCAAGGAAUCUGAUGUAUUAAAGAGACUGAAAUAUGAAGAAAAUAUUUCAAAUGCUAUAGAGUAUUUCAAAUGGGUUGCUAAUUCAACAUUUUUCAAGCACACCCCUUUAACAUAUAAAAUAAUGAUGGAAAAACUUGGGCAGCAGCAGGAGAUGGAUACUGUUCAAUACCUCUUGCAACAGAUGAAAUUAGAAUGUAUUAGUUGUUCCGAAGAUAUAUUUAUCAGUGUGAUUGAUUCUUAUAGGAGAGGUAACAUGGCAGAGCAAGCAUUGAAGACAUUCUACAGGAUACAGGAUUUUGGGUGUAAGCCUACAGUUAGGAUAUAUAAUCAUCUCUUGGAUGCUUUGCUUAGUGAAAAUAGGUUUCACAUGAUUAAUCCUAUUUAUAGUAACAUGAAGAAAGAUGGGGUUGUUCCCAAUGUGUAUACUUAUAACAUUCUUUUGAAAGCAUUGUGCAAGAAUAAUAGGGUAGAUGGAGCUAUGAAGUUACUUGUGGAAAUGUCGAACAAGGGGUGUUCUCCUGAUGAAGUGAGCUAUACAACAAUUGUGUCUUCCUUGUGUAAGUUUGGUAAAGUAAAAGAAGCCAGAGAAGUAGCCAUGAGAUUCACUCCUACUGUUCCUGUUUAUAAUGCUCUGAUAAAUGGGCUUUGUAAGGUAUAUAAUACUAAGGAGGCAGUUGAUUUGUUGGAUGAGAUGGCUUGCAAGGGAGUUGAUCCUAAUGUUAUUACGUACACUACGAUAUUAAAUGCAUUUGCUGACCAAGGAAAUAUUGGUCUUUCUUUUGCUAUGCUGAGCAAGAUGUUUGUUAGUGGCUGUUCUCCAAAUAUUCAUUCGUUUACUUGUUUGAUUAAGGGAAAUUCAUUAUUGGGACAAUGGUAUGAAGCUCUUCAUGUGUGGGAUGGUAUGAUCAAAGAGGGAAUUUUGCCCAAUGUUGUAGCAUAUAAUGCACUUCUCCAUGGUCUGUGUUUGGCUGGUAAUAUGAAUAUGGCUCUGUCUGUUUAUAGUGCAAUGGAAACAAGUGGCUGCCUUCCAAAUUCUACAACCUACAGCACCCUCAUUGAUGGAUUUGCUAAAUCUGGAGAUGUAAUUAAAGCAUCUGAGAUAUGGAAUAGGAUGAUAAAUCAUGGUUGCCGUCCAAAUGUUGUUGUAUAUACAUGUAUGGUUGAUGUACUCUGCAGGAAUUUCAUGUUUGAACAAGCUUACAGCCUUCUAGAUGACAUGGUAAUAGAAAAUUGCCCACCAAAUACCAUUACUUUUAACACAUUUAUCAAAGGUUUGUGUUGUAGUGUUAGAAUUGAAUGGGCAGUGAUGCUAUAUAAUCAAAUGGAAAGAUUUGGUUGCUCAGGUAAUACUACCACAUAUAAUGAGUUGUUGGAUGGCUUAUUCAAAUGUAACAACCUUACGGUAGCACUUCAGCUUGUUAGGGAGAUGGAGAAAAAGAACAUUGAAUUUAAUUUAGUCACAUACAACACUAUAGCAUCUGGUCUCUGCCAUAUGGAGAUGCUUGAGGAAGCUGUAAAACUUGUGGCAAAAAUGCUGGUUAGGGGAAUUAGACCUGAUGUUCUCACCUUCAACAUACUUAUGAACGCGUACUGUAAGGGUGGUAAGGUUGAAUCUGCAAAACAACUUCUGAAUGCUAUGAGUCAAGUCGGCUUGCGUCCAGGUUUCAUAUCCUAUACCUGUCUAAUAGAUGGACUGUGCAGUUGGGUUGGUUUGGAAGCUGCAAUCUGUUGCCUCCAGAAGAUGAUAAAUGAUGGCAUUCCACCCAUGAUAUCGACAUGGAAUGUUCUAGUCCGUCAUUUGUUUAGCAAGAUUGGCUAUGGAAGUGCACUAGAAUAUCUAAAUAGUAUAUUGGCAGCAGACUGAAGGUGUGAACUUGCUUCAGCAGAUUGGAAUGAUGAAUACGCGUAAAAACCUUCAUUGUGGAUAUAAACGCAGUAGUUGCAGUGAAAGCAAUUUUACGAUGGAGGGGUCCUUCUCCAGACCUGCAUUGACGAAGUGGCAUUAACAACUUGUUUAGGGAUAUAUGGCUAUCUCUAUAGUUUGGAAGAAGUUUCAUGAGAAACCCCUAUCAAGGGUAUCUCUUUGGGGUGUCCAAGGAUUGACACAGGUCAGAACCGGGAACCAGACAUAUGAAAUGGCAGCCAUAUUUUUGUAGAACUCCACUGAUCUUUUUGGCAUGAAUCUUUGCAAGAGGCAUUAUGCAUAGAGCGAGAAAGGGUAAUUUGCUGUAAACAAAGCUGGGUUUUGCUAGGAGAACAAAACAAGUCAGCGAUUGAAAAUCUCAGAUACAAAUUAAUCAUAGGUGUUGGCUUAUUCGGAAACACUAUUUUUUUUUUCUUUUGGCUCCUUUUCCAGUUCUAUCAUGGGAUAUGUACCUUGAAUUUCUGUUCUUGAUUGACUAAAGAGAACGGGUGUAGUAAGUCUUUUUUUCUUUAUUUCUGUUACAAGCUUUCUACCUGGUUUGUGUUUCACCUUUA